UCAUUUACCACCACAUUUCACAACCAAAUACAAAACCCAGACAAAGCCACCAAAUCUGAAAAAACAACAAAUUUGAAGAGAGAGAAAAUGUCAGGAAGAGGAAAGGGAGGAAAGGGGCUCGGAAAGGGAGGAGCCAAGAGGCACAGGAAGGUAUUGAGGGACAACAUUCAGGGUAUCACUAAGCCUGCCAUUCGCCGUCUUGCUCGUCGAGGCGGUGUUAAGAGGAUCAGCGGCCUGAUCUACGAAGAAACUCGCGGUGUUUUGAAGAUAUUUUUGGAGAAUGUUAUCAGGGAUGCUGUUACCUACACCGAGCAUGCUCGCCGUAAGACGGUUACUGCUAUGGACGUUGUCUAUGCUCUUAAGAGGCAGGGCCGUACUCUUUACGGUUUUGGUGGUUAAGUUGUUUUACUGUUUUUAGGGUUUACGUGGGUUAUUUAGUGGUAGUAUUAUGAAAAGUAUUUUGUGAUUAGGGUUUUUUUAAUUGAGAUGUAUGGAUCUCUGUUAUGUAAUUUUCUGAAAGUAUUGUUAUAUGAUAUGAAAUCAAUUAGACUCUUAAUGUGAUA